CCUUUCGGGUGCCUUUCGGGUGCUCUGAGUCUCCGUGCUGAGGUUGCUCCUAAACUCUCGCUGGAAAGGGUGUGCGAGUGACCCGAAUUCGGGAUCGGGGUCAUCUUAAUGCGGCCCAUACUUAGCAUAUUCUGGGGGGCCCUGUAGUGCCAAUUGGAAGUACGGCUGCUUUUUCCGCGGCGAGCCGGUGUCCAUUGAGAGUCCGUAAGCGUCGCUAAGAUGGAGCUGGAUUCCUUUAUUCCAGAACUGGGGUACAGGCCAGAAGUGGAGGGUGCGAGGAUUCACCAGAGACAGAGUGGGGAGCAGAACAGGCGGAUCUACUGAAACACACUUCUGAGGGGAGCAGCAGGAGACAGGAGAGGUCUGUCUCCAUGAAUAACUUAAAUGACCCCCCCAAUUGGAAUAUUCAACCUAAUUCUAGGGCAGACGGGGGAGAUGGAAGCCGAUGGAAUUACGCUCUGUUGGUUCCGAUGCUGGGACUGGCUGCUUUCCGCUGGAUCUGGUCUCGGGAGUCCCAGAAAGAAGUAGAGAGAGAGCGGGACGCCUGCCGCCAGAGCACCGUGGCUUUCCAGCGAGACCUGGAGGCCAAGUACGGGGCCGCACUCUCUGAGAGCCGACGCGCCCUGGCCCAGCUGUCUCUGGAGCUGGAAAAGGAACAGAACAGAACGGCUAGUUACCGGGAAGCCCUCAUUUCUCAGGGGCGCAAGCUGGUAGAGGAGAAGAAGCUUCUGGAACAGGAAAGGGCCCGGGUCCUGCGGGAGAAGAGGCAGCCCCUGCGGAGUGCGUACUUGCGCUGCCUGGGCCGGGAGGAGGACUGGCAGCGCAGGGCCCGGCGUCUGCUGGGGGAGUUCGAGGAGGCCCUCGCGGAGAGACAGAGCAUCUUCUGCAGCCGGCUGCUGCCCCGCAGCAAGCGGCUGGAGAUCGAGAAGGACCUCUUGGUCCGGGCGUCCACUGACCCGGUGGCUGCUGAGCUGGAGAUGGCCGCUGGCUUGACCGACAUAUUUAAGCAUGACACGCACUGUGGUGACGUCUGGAACACCGACAGGCGCCAGAACGGGAGGCUGUUGUGGGUCUAUCUCAAGUACUGGGAGCUGAUGGUCGAACUGAAGAAGUUCAAGAGCGUGGAGAGAGCCCUGCUGGGCGAGCAGGGCGGGGCGGAGUGACCCUCACAGCCCGCUCCAGCGGGCGCCCGUCCUCUGCCUGUGCCCGGGGCGGGGACCCCUCUCCCUGAUGCCCUUCUGCUGGGAUGGUGCCGCCCCCAGCAGGACGGUGACCUCCCGUUGCAGCCCCGAGGGGCGUCCAGGGUCAGACACAGACCUGCCCCAGAUGUAAACAAUGUUCUCAGUGAAUUGUCGCCUUUGGUUACUUGUCUCCUAAAAUUAAAUUUAGAAGUUGAAGGUCACAGACAGAAUUGCUGAAGGCACGAGAAGUUGCUGAAGGCACGAGAAGGCGCUGCAGGCCGCAGGCCUCUGCGUUGUCUGCACGAUCCCCCCAUCACAGAUGUGUGGGGUCCAGCCGGCACCCUGGCGCAGGGGGCUAUGUCUCUUCCUGGGCAGACCUUUAUUAGCAAUGACGUGUAAUUAAAAAAAUGCCUGCUGGUUUUCACCUUUUGUGUGUGUGACUCCUUAUUCUUUAUGAAAUGGUUUCACUAGAUUGUCUCAGUUUUUACCAUAAAGUAAGAGGCAGAUGGGCACCUGUGGCUGCAUGCCCCCAGGUCUGAGCAGCCCCCUAGG